AUGGAGUCAUCAAACCCUGCUCUUCUCAGCGGAACACCCUCGGAUGAGGACAUUUACACUGGGAACAACAAUGACAAUGUUGAUAAUCGGGAUGCUUCCAGCAUCUACAGAGGAGGAAUCCCUACGUCUGGCCCUCCAGUGAACAAAUUCCAUAAGUCUUCGCCUCGACCAAGGAAUAUCUCCAACCCGUUACAAACCGGAAUACUCAACUAUCUCAAGAGCCAGCACCACCAGUACAACCACUGUUUGCCCACACAUUUCCAUCCAAUUUCUCCGCAAUCACCAUCGAUCCCCCUCCCUAAAAGAUUCACAGUUUACACACCUCUCCUCCUGCUUCCGUCAAAUACAUUCUCCUGGCCACCCGAAUGGGCGAUACUUUACAAUACAUUUUCUAGCGCACAGCGCCAGGAACUUUACGCAUGCAUAGUUGCAUCCUUCGCGCCUAUGGGCGUCACGCACAUCGCGAUAAAUGCGCCCAUAUCUCCAACAAUUGCUACUGGCAUUGACAAUCGAAUUCGAAGUCCGACGGGGUUGGCACCUUUGUAUGGGGAUUUUGGAGAGGCUAGUGAUCAUGUAGGGGGAGAAGCAGGGAGAGGGGAGGUAUGCGAAGAUAUAGAAGAAAAAGAAGCUAGCCCUUCGGAAACGGCUUUGCAGUCUGCGUUGUGGGUUCGCGCGGUGCAGAAUCGCGGCAUCGUACAGAUUUGGGCACCAUUUCAUUCUAUGUUCAGUCGUGGGAAUGUUGUGGAGAAGGCGAGGAUUUUGGGGAUUGAGUCUCAGUUUGAGGGGCUUGGUGAUGGCUACGAUGAUAGUGGGAAGCGACUGUUGGGCCAGCGAACGGGGGAUAUUGCGGUGGUCGAUAUGUAUGCUGGGAUUGGCUACUUCGUGUUUUCGUACCUGAAGAGAGGGGUCGGGCGGGUGUUGGGUUGGGAGAUUAAUGGGUGGUCGAUUGAAGGAUUGUGUAGGGGAUGUAAGGAAAAUGGAUGGGGGGUUAAAGUGGUCAAGGUCGACAAGAAGACGGGCGAGAUAGAAGGGGGUAUUGACGGGUUAGCCACGGGAUUGAGAGAGGAGGAUCGUGUGGUAAUUUUCCAUGGUGAUAACAAGUUUGCAACAGAUGUGAUAAGAGCUUUGGAAGAGGCAAUGCAGCGGACGAGGACAUGGAAACGCAUCCGCCAUGUUAAUCUUGGAUUAUUGCCGAGUUCUAAGCCGUCAUGGGAAGGGGCUGUGAAGGUUCUGGAUACAGAGGCUGGAGGCUGGAUCCAUGUUCACGAAAAUGUGGAUGUAAAGGGUAUCGGGAUGAUGGAGGAGGGUAUUGCUAAAGAGAUCAGUUCUCUGCUCAGCUCUUCUAGAGGAAGUGCACAGCUUCCGCCGCCAUCACAACCCUUUAUUCCUGCAGCGAAGUGUAUCCAUGUGGAAAGAGUUAAAACCUAUGCCCCGGGCGUGAUGCAUUGCGUUUUUGACAUCUACAUACCGCCUUCACCAAGCGGGUUGGAAUUGAGCAACAACAUAUUAGCCUGA